UCCCACGAUAGUUAGUUAGUUGCAUGAAGGGGAGUCAGUGUGUUCUGGAGUGGGAUUGUCUCGGCGCUCGGAUACGGAUAGGGGAGUCUGGAUACACACUUGGAAAGAGAGUUUGCUGUCUCUUAAGCUAUCAUCAUGCCGGUUUUUCACACGAAGACGAUAGAGAGUAUCCUGGAGCCGGUGGCUCAGCAGAUCUCUCAUCUGGUCAUCAUGCAUGAGGAGGGAGAGGUGGACGGGAAAGCCAUCCCGGAUCUCACCGCUCCUGUAGCCGCUGUGCAGGCAGCUGUCAGCAACCUGGUCCGGGUGGGCAAAGAGACGGUUCAGACCACCGAGGAUGCCAUCAUGAGGAGAGACAUGCCUCCUGCCUUUAUCAAGGUUGAGAAUGCAUGCACUAAACUGGUGCAGGCCGCUCAGAUGUUGAAGGCCGACCCGUAUUCUGUCCAAGCCAGAGAUUAUCUGAUCGACGGUUCCCGCGGGAUCCUCUCCGGCACCUCUGACCUGCUGCUGACGUUUGAUGAGGCCGAGGUCCGUAAAAUCAUCCGUGUGUGUAAAGGGAUUCUGGAGUAUCUGACAGUCGCUGAGGUGGUGGAGUCGAUGGAAGAUCUGAUUACUUACACCAAGAACCUGGGACCAGGCAUGACAAAGAUGGCCAAGAUGAUUGACGAGCGACAGCAGGAGUUAACUCAUCAGGAGCACAGAGUCAUGCUGGUCAACUCCAUGAACACCGUGAAGGAGCUGCUGCCCGUUCUCAUCUCAGGCAUUAAGAUCUUCGUAACGACCAGGACGUCUCAGGGGAAAGGUGUGGAGGAGGCGCUGAAGAACAGGAACUUCACCGUAGAGAAGAUGAGCACAGAGAUCAAUGAGAUCAUCCGCGUGCUGCAGCUCACGUCCUGGGACGAGGACGCCUGGGCCAAUAAGGACACCGAGGCCAUGAAGAGAGCGCUGGCUCUGAUCGACUCCAAAAUGGCCCAGGCGAAGAACUGGCUCCGAGACCCGCACGCCCAGCCAGGUGACGCAGGCGAACAGGCCAUUCGUCAGAUCCUGGACGAGGCGGGUAAAGUUGGUGAACUCUGUGCUGGGAAAGAGAGACGAGACAUUGUGGGAACAGCCAAAACACUUGGACAGAUCACGGAGCAGGUGUCCGAGAUGCGGGCCAGGGGUCAGGGCGCGAGUCCAGUGGCCAUGCAGAAAGCACAGCAGGUGUCUCAGGGUUUGGACGUCCUGACGGGGAAAGUGGAAAAUGCGGCACGUAAAUUGGAGGCCAUGACCGGCUCGAAACAAGCCAUCGCCAAGAGAAUCGACGCCGCUCAGAGCUGGCUGGCGGACCCUCACGGAGGUCCGGAGGGAGAGGAGAACAUCAAGGCUCUUCUGGGAGAAGCGAGGAAGAUCGCAGAUCUCUGCGAAGAUCCCAAAGAGAGAGAGGACAUCCUGCGCAACAUGGGCGAGAUCGUGGGUCUCACCGCCAAACUCUCCGAGCUCAAGAAAGCAGGUAAGGGCGAUACCCCUGAGGCUCGAGCGCUGGCCAAGCAGAUCGCCACAGCUCUGCAGAACCUUCAGUCCAAAACCAGCAAAGCCGUGGCCAACACUCGCCCGGCCAAAGCAGCCGUUCACCUGGAGGGAAAGAUCGAGCAGGCUCAGAGAUGGAUCGACAACCCCACGCUGGACGACAGCGGAGUCGGUCAGGCUGCUAUUCGUGGGCUGGUUGCCGAGGGGCGUCGCCUGGCCAAUGCGUUGCCGGCGUCUCAGAGGCACGAGCUGCUGGGUAAAUGUGAGGAGGUGGAGCAUCUGAUGGCUCAGUUAGCCGAGCUGGCGGCCCGCGGAGAGGGAGACGGUCCACAGGCCCGCGCCAUCGCUCAACAGCUGCAGGACACUCUCAAAGAGCUGAAGGGUAAAAUGCAGGAAGCCAUGACACAGGAAGUGUCUGACAUCUUCAGUGACACGACCACACCGGUCAAACUAUUGGCCGUAGCAGCGACGGCCCCUCCAGACGCGCCCAACAGAGAGGAGGUGUUUGAGGAGCGGGCCGCGAACUUUGAGAAUCACGCGGGCCGUCUGGGCGCCACAGCGGAGAAGGCAGCCGCCGUCGGCACGGCCAACAAGAGCACGGUGGAGGGAAUCCAGGCCGCCGUCAAAUCGGCCAGAGAUCUGACGCCACAGGUCAUCUCCGCUGCUCGAAUCCUCCUGAAGAAUCCUGGAAACCAGGCGGCUUACGAGCACUUUGAGACCAUGAAGAAUCAGUGGAUCGACAAUGUUGAGAAAAUGACAGGUCUGGUGGAUGAAGCGAUUGACACCAGGUCUCUGUUGGAUGCAUCAGAAGAAGCCAUUAAGAAAGAUCUGGACAAGUGUCAGGUAGCUAUGGCCAAUCACCAGCCUCAGAUGCUGGUCGCCGGGGCAACCAGCAUCGCCCGACGAGCCAAUCGGAUCAUGCUGGUGGCAAAACGAGAGGUGGAGAACUCAGAGGACCCGAAGUUCAGAGAAACUGUGAAAGCGGCUUCCGACGAGCUCAGCAGAACCAUCUCACCGAUGGUCAUGGACGCCAAGGCCGUGGCCGCCAACAUACAGGACCAAGGCCUUCAGAGGGGCUUCCUGGACUCUGGAUUUAAGAUCCUGGGUGCCGUGGCUAAAGUCAGAGAGGUGUUCCAGCCACAGGAGCCAGACUUCCCUCCUCCUCCUCCUCCAGACCUGGAGCACCUGCAGAUAAGCGACAAUGCCGCCCCGCCAAAACCGCCCCUGCCGGAGGGUGAAGUGCCUCCUCCCAGACCUCCACCGCCUGAGGAGAAGGACGAGGAGUUCCCCGAGCAGCAGGCUGGAGAAAUGGUCAGCGAACCCAUGAUGGUGGCCGCCCGACAGCUGCACGACGAGGCCCGCAAGUGGUCCAGCAAGGUCAGUCUCGUUGAGUCUUGCAGAAUGGGUUCGUAUCCAUGUGGGUUAUUAAACAAUGUUUGUUUUUUGCAGGGUAAUGACAUCAUCGGUGCCGCUAAGCGCAUGGCUCUGCUGAUGGCCGAGAUGUCUCGACUGGUCCGAGGAAGCGGCGGGAAUAAGAGGGCGCUCAUCCAGUGUGCCAAAGACAUCGCCAAAGCCUCCGACGAGGUCACGCGCCUCGCCAAGGAGGUCGCCAAGCAGUGCACGGACAAACGCAUACGAACCAACCUGCUGCAGGUGUGUGAGAGGAUUCCUACCAUCAGCACACAGCUGAAGAUUCUCUCCACUGUGAAGGCCACCAUGUUGGGACGCACCAACAUCAGUGAGGAGGAAUCGGAGCAGGCCACAGAGAUGCUGGUCCAUAAUGCUCAGAACCUGAUGCAGUCCGUGAAGGAGACGGUGAGGGAAGCCGAGGCCGCGUCCAUCAAGAUCCGCACAGAUGCCGGAUUCACCCUGCGCUGGGUCCGCAAGACACCCUGGUACCAGUGAGGGAAGAACCAGUGCAAAUAUCCCAGCAUGCACUGGGGGAAGCAUUUGAGUCCAGGUCAUCAAUGUCAAUGCAGACGUCUCAUCCACCUCGUGGACUAAACUAUUCCAUUAUCAAAACUGUUGUUCUUGAAUGUCAUUGAGUGUAAAAGAACUGUGCUCCAUUGUUUUUCUAAUUUGAAAAGAAUGAUUUAUUUCGUUUUUAUGGAUCCUGGUUAGGAGGGAAAAUUCCACAAUGUUCAUUAUUUUCAUAUAUAUAUAUAUAUAUAUAUAUAUAUAUAUAUUUCUCACCAGCCUUGUUUUCACACUUUGAAUGUAUUAUUAAAUGUCACCAACAAGCAAAAACACAAGCACAGAAUUUGGAUUAUAAAAUCCUCAUAAUGUGGUUUCUGAUGCAAAGUGUUGAUGACAGCAUAUCAUUUCCCUAAUGUUGGUCACUGGUUAGUGGAUUAGUUGACACUUUCAUUCAGGGAUGACGCUGCAAACUCUCGAUACAAGUACUGAAAUGAAGAGGUAAUCAAAGCUAUGACCUGGUGCUUCCUGUAAUCUAUGCCAAACCAGUCCCAUUAUAUAUCCAGACACAAAACACACACUGCCAUCCUCGUAUUUCCACUAUGACAUCACUGUGCUAAAUACACUACUAAAAUCUCUUGCAGAAUGCACACUCAAGUAUAUUUAUAUGAGUGAGAAUUUGCUCUUUGCAUAUAUUUGCCUUUUAUAUCAUUGAGGAGACCAGCAGAUUUAAUGUAAAUAAUGUGUUCAUCUUUAAAGACAGCCUGUAAGACCUAAUGUGCCUUGUCAUAAUAAAAGAACUAAUUAUCAGCUGAA